CAAGAUCUGCGAUCAAGAUGUAGCUAUCAAAGAGAAGAAGAAGCAUAUCGAUCAAGAAGAAGAAUGGGCGAGGCGGACUGCAGGAGCAGCUGCAGGGGAAACACUCCUCCUGCCGCGAGUGGUCCUCCGCUGAAAAAGAUGUGUCGCGGAUCCCCUGAGUCAGUUGUUGAUGGUGCUGCUGCGGUUGGUGAAAUCGAAACGGAGCUGUAUGAUUUGCACCCCUUGAUUGAGUUAGCGCACAAGUUUGGGAAGGAAGUAAUGGAUAAAAACGACGGGUCCCACGACUUCCAGCAUGCUCUCCGCGUGUGGCGCAUCGCACGUAGUCUGUGGCGGAAAAAAAUGAAUAUAGCAGGGAAGAGUGGAGACGAAGGUAAAAACAGUCUUGACAGGACGAACGCGAAGAACGGAGAUAAUAAAGCUAAAGAUGCCAGCAGCACUUCCCUUGAAGAUGAUAGAUUAGCACUAGAAAUUUCGGCUCUGCUCCAUGACAUCGAUGAUUCGAAAUAUGCUAGUUCCGAGAAGGAGAAGCACAUCGAGCGGUUUUGGGAGGAAGCAGAAAGGAACAAGGAAAUUUUGGAUACCAUCAUGGAACAGAAUCCACCAACUUCUCUGACCACUAUCAAUGAGCGGACGCAGUUCAUCAUCGACAAUCUUUCGUAUCACACCGAAUUGAAAUAUAACCAAGACUUUCCCGCAGGUACGUAUGAGGCCGAAAUCUUAGCCAAGGAGCCGAUGCUUGCUUACGCUCAAGAUGCGGAUAGAUUGGAUGCCAUUGGGGCAAUCGGUGUUGCAAGGACAUUCUGUUUCGGUGGAAGCAGAAGUCGAGCUUUAUACUCCGAGGAAAGUUUGAGACUGACUGAGACAUUCGUUCCCGAUUCAAAAAUGUACAACCACGAGAACGUCCAUACCCAGAGCCUCCAGCAGCAGAACUCUUCUACGUCUGAGAACACGAACAAGAACUUAACUGAUACGCUGGCUCAUUUUUACGAGAAGUUGUUGAUGCUGAAAGACCGGAUUAAAACGACGGAAGGGAAAGCGAUGGCCCAACAGAGACAUCAGUUCAUGGAAACCUUCAUCGCGCAGCUGAAGGGCGAAGUCAGAGGGGAGUUGUAGCGCUAUGGAGGGAGAUCAAGAUGCAAGCUCCUUCCACUCCGCACGCAAUGAAUGCUUCCAUGAACUCAUGUCUCUGUUAGGCCGUCGCCUUUCCUUCUUGGCAUCUUGAUUUCAUGGAAACAUUUGAAUUGCGCAGCUGAAGGGCGAAGCAAGAGGGGAGUUGUAGUUGUAACUUGCAGUGUGACACUGACACCAGAGAAGAUACUUCCUUGUUGGGAUUUCCGUGUCGUGAUUUGAACACAAGAGCUACUAGCUCGUCCAGUAAAGCAUGCCACUACCUCAUGUAGUCGUAGUGGCAGACAUGAUGG